CUUGGCUCGACGUCAGAGCCUGUGCAGCAGUGCAGUAUAAUGGGAGCGCAAGCAACCCAGAGCGCCUCAUAGGGGGCUGUAUAUCGCUGCUGUAUCCUCUGCUUGGCACUCUCUAGCCCUUCUCCAAACCCUCUCCAGUACCUUGCCUACAGCCCAUGCGUGGGCUCCCCCCUCCCCACUGGAUCCGUACCCUUCGACAUGGAUGUCCCACCGUCCCUCGACCGGGAGGAUUGUUGUUUCUUGGCGCAGUGAAGGAGGAGAAGGGGAAGGAAUCAUGCCGGGACUGCUAAUGGAUUUAGGGAAAGCGCAAGUGACCAUGCCGUGAUCUUGCGCAUCCAGGGCCGCCGUCACCCUGCCUUGCCCAACGAGCGUAGAAGAAUUACGGGGGAAUCGAACCCGCGCACCGGGGGGAUUAAACCACUGUGCAUUUUUUAAAAACAACAUGAAGAUUACCUCCCAUCAUCUGAUGAUAAGCAGUCUCGUUUUCAGGUCCAACCUCAGGCUGAUCCCGCUUCUGCUGCUGUUUCUUGGUUACUCUCGCGGGAUGCCACACGUUUUAAGAUUUGGAGGAAUAUUUGAAUCCAUUGAGAGUGGCCCUUCUGGAGCAGAGGAACUAGCCUUUAAAUUUGCCUUGAACACAAUCAACAGGAACCGCACCUUGCUCCCCAACACCACACUUACCUAUGACAUCCAGAGAAUAAACAUCUUCGACAGCUUUGAGGCUUCCAGGAAAGCAUGUGAUCAGCUUUCCCUCGGGGUGGCGGCCAUUUUUGGCCCCUCACACAGCUCGUCAGCCAACGCAGUCCAAUCCAUCUGCAAUGCUUUGGGAGUGCCCCACGUCCAGACCAAGUGGAAGCAUCAAGUGUCAGACAACAGGGACUCGUACUAUGUCAGCCUGUACCCCGACUUCUCCUCCCUCAGUAGAGCCAUUCUCGACCUGGUGCACUUUUUCAAGUGGAGAACAGUCACUGUGGUGUAUGACGACAGCACAGGUACAGGUCUCAUUCGACUGCAGGAGCUGAUCAAGGCACCGUCACGAUACAACAUUCGUUUGAAGAUCCGACAGCUGCCCACAGAGACCAAGGAUGCCAAGCCACUUCUGAAGGAGAUGAAGAAAGCAAAGGAGUUCCAUGUCAUCUUUGAUUGUGGACAUGAGAUGGCUGCAUGGAUCCUAAAACAGGCCCUGGCCAUGGGUAUGAUGACAGAAUACUAUCAUUAUAUUUUUACUACCCUGGACCUUUUUGCCCUCGACAUGGAACCGUAUCGUUUUAGUGGAGUCAACAUGACCGGGUUCCGCAUCCUCAACACAGAAAACUCUCAGGUGUCGUCAAUCAUCGAGAAGUGGUCAAUGGAGCGGCUACAAGCCCCGCCCAAACCAGACUCAGGCCUGCUGGAUGGAUUCAUGACGACGGAUGCAGCGCUGAUGUACGACGCCGUGCAUGUGGUGGCGGUGGCGGUGCAGCAAUCGCAGCAGAUCACAGUCAGCUCUCUGCAGUGUAAUCGCCACAAGCCGUGGCGCUUCGGGGGGCGUUUCAUCAGCCUCAUCAAAGAGGCUCACUGGGAUGGUUUGACAGGACGUGUUCUCUUUAACAAGACCAAUGGACUGAGGACAGAUUUUGACCUGGAUGUCAUCAGUCUGAAGGAGGAUGGGCUGGAAAAGAUUGGAACAUGGGAUCCUCCCAGCGGUCUGAAUAUGACAGAGUCUCACAAAAGCAAGACAUCCAACAUCACAGACUCUCUGGCUAACAAAUCCCUGCGUGUAUCCACCAUACUGGAGGAGCCAUAUGUGAUGUUUAAGAAGUCAGACAAGCCUCUGUAUGGGAACGACCGUUUCGAGGGCUUCUGUAUCGACCUGCUGAGGGAGCUCUCUGGCAUCCUGGGGUUCCGCUAUGAGGUGCGAUUAGUGGAAGAUGGGAAGUACGGAGCGCUGGAUGAGAGCACGGGCCAAUGGAACGGCAUGGUGCGGGAGCUAAUGGACCAUAAAGCAGACUUGGCAGUGGCUCCUCUGGCCAUCACCUACGUCAGAGAGAAGGUCAUUGACUUCUCGAAGCCCUACAUGACGCUGGGGAUAAGUAUCCUGUACCGCAAGCCCAACGGCACCAACCCUGGGGUCUUCUCCUUCCUCAACCCCCUCUCGCCUGAUAUCUGGAUGUAUAUUCUGCUGGCUUGCUUGGGUGUCAGUUGUGUGCUGUUUGUCAUAGCCAGGUUUAGCCCUUACGAGUGGUACAACCCGCAUCCAUGCAACCCAGACUCGGAUGUAGUGGAAAACAAUUUUACGCUGCUCAAUAGUUUCUGGUUUGGAGUUGGGGCUCUCAUGCAGCAAGGCUCAGAGCUCAUGCCCAAGGCCCUGUCGACUCGAAUAGUGGGAGGCAUCUGGUGGUUCUUCACCCUCAUCAUCAUUUCCUCAUAUACGGCCAACUUGGCUGCCUUCCUCACUGUGGAGAGGAUGGAGUCGCCCAUAGACUCGGCCGAUGACCUGGCCAAGCAAACUAAAAUCCUGUACGGGGUGGUGGAGGACGGCGCCACCAUGACCUUCUUCAAGAAAACUAAAAUCUCCACCUACGACAAGAUGUGGGAGUUCAUGAACAGCAGGAGGCAAUCUGUGAUGGUCAAGAACGUGGAUGAGGGCAUCCAGCGCGCCUUGACCUCAGACUAUGCUUUCCUCAUGGAGUCCACCACCAUUGAGUUUGUCACCCAGCGCAACUGCAACCUCACACAGAUCGGAGGCCUCAUAGACUCCAAAGCCUACGGAGUGGGAACACCUAUGGGCUCUCCAUACAGAGACAAGAUCACGAUAGCCAUUCUGCAGCUGCAGGAGGAAGGGAAGCUGCACAUGAUGAAGGAAAAGUGGUGGAGAGGGAACGGCUGUCCCGAGGAGGAGAGCAAAGAGGCCAGCGCUCUGGGGGUGCAGAACAUCGGCGGGAUCUUCAUCGUGCUGGCUGCAGGACUGGUGCUGUCAGUGUUUGUGGCUGUAGGGGAGGUGCUUUACAAGUCUAAGCAGAAUGCCCAGCUGGAAAAGCGAUCAUUUUGCAGCGCCAUGAUGGAUGAGCUUCGUGUGUCUCUGAAAUGCAAACGCCGCCUCAAACAGAAGCCUCAGCCGCCCGUCAUCGUUAAGACAGAGGAGCCCUGCCACGUUCACCUGCACAUCUGCCACACUCAGCCUCGUCUUUGUUCACCACUGUCCUCGCUCGGAUCCCCAAUUCACUACACCUGGACACCAGCUCCAUGCCCAGACGUUCCCUUUAGCCCUGCCACAUUCACCUGCACAUCUGCCACGCUCAGCCUCUUCUUUGUUCACCACUGUCCUCGCUCGGAUCCCCAAUUCACUACACCUGGACACCGGCUCCAUGCCCAGACGCCCUGUUCACCAGUUAUUCACUUUGUUGCACAUUUUACUUGUUUUUUGUGAAUAAAUUGUGGAACUCC